CAAAGCUUCAAUUUGCUCUUUAUCCUUUUUUUUUUUCUUUUCCCAUCUUUUUAAGAUAUAGUAUUAACUAUAAUAAAGGGCCGAUCGCCAUACGAAGCUCCAGAACAGCCAGCCGAUUCUACUGGUGAACAAUCUGGUUCGGUACAGCGCAGGGUCUCGCCUCUCCAUACCGACGAUUAUGUCCAGCAUUAUGAUGAAAGAGGCCAUCCUGUCAAUCCUGAAUCAAAGGUAUUCGGGAAAGACCUUCGCAGAGCUAAGAAUGACAUUCUCUCUACGAUGGGUAUUGUCGUCAGUGGCGAGGAUGGCAGUGUUGGCAUUUCCAACGAACAGCAGAAAAUCGACCUGAUCGCCGCUGAGAAUGAUUACGGGCUGGUCAUGGCGACGUUGGACCAAGUCACAGUAUUUCUCGGAUCAUGGUGGACCUCUUCGCUCACAGGGCGAAUACAGACCUUCAGGAGAUAUACCCAUGCCCCCCUCAUGAACAUCAUAAGCUUUGAGCGUUCUUCUGUUGGGAUACUGGGGUUCUAUUUCGCUGGAAUUCCUACCUGGGCAGUGUCAACAUGCCUGUCAAUUUGCCGACAUCAUCCUUUGGAGCGUUUGGUCUGCUUUUUGCAGAAUCAACUUGUGGAUCCUUCUUCUGAUAGCCUCUACUCUCGGAUUAUGCAGUCUUUCUUAUUCAUGUUCCAUUCUGCGGCGAGAGGAACUCUGCUUGUUGUCGCUGUGCAGACAUACAUGUACUCCCUUUUACAAUCUCUCCAUCUAGUCCAUCCGUACGCCAUACCGGGUGCUCAGCUAUUUAUUCCAUUCGGAGAACUUGCCUCAGUGCAAUUGCCUCCUCUACCAACAGAUCUUUCUGCUGGAUCUUUGAGCACAUUUGCUUUGGGAUUGGUGAAAACACCUGCUCUCCUGGUUUAUUUCUACGUCUACUUGCGUCCAAUACUAGAGAUAAGGCUCUACAGAUUAAUCCGUCGACGACUACCGAAGCCCAGCCUUGCAGAUGAGCUGUCUAUCAGAGUGGCCUUUGAAAACGACCUCAUUGACUGGAUGGUGCCUACGCUUGGACGUAGAUCAGAAGAAGAGAACCGUCGCAACCAUCUAACCUUUUGGGAAGAUGUAGCCUACGAAUUGUCUGUUUUCCGAGGGUGGGUAUCGUCAUGGUUUGGUUCCUGGUCUAGACAAACGGAUCAGUCAGCCGCCCCUCCCAAGGAGGAGAGAAUAGAAUCUCUGCGUCACUGCAUUGAAGAGCUCCAGAGCGAGCUGGGCGCCGCCCAAUCUCGAACCCAUUUGUUGCAGCAACAGUCGAACGAACCCCCACGAACACCCGAACAGGCUCCUCGGGGCUAUGAUGAAGGUGCUCGAACUAGCUCUCCUGGACCAACAGUCUCUGUACAAACGCCCGAGCUGGGCUCGGUUUUCAAUGGGGACCAGCUAUUGUCGAACGAAGAAAACCGCAUGUCGCAUUCGCCCGAUCAAAUGAGUGGUGACUACUUUUCAGAGAUGGCUCCGCUGGGGCGAGCGAGAUCUGCGCCUUCUACGGGCGAUGCCUCUCGUCCACCGACCAACCAGGGGCCUAAUCGGGGGGAGGAGGUUGUUGGAAGUCGGCGAAACUCUCGAUCGAAUACACUCUUCUCCCGCCCAUCCUCUCCUGAAACCUCCCCUCCUACAUCACCUCGUGUUCGAGCUUCGUUGAUUCAUCAAAACUCGGACAUCAUCACGAUGCAACUGGAGCUCUUGGGCAAUCGCAAUUCCCAGAACCAGAACCAGCUUAAUCCCAGGACUGGUAUUGAAAAUGAAGGGAUACGCCCCACCGGAUCGCCAACUGACCGUAGGAGGUCAAUCACCGAGUUCCUUGAUAAUAUUUUGUCCAACCAAGGCCAGAAUCUUUCUGCCAUUAUGAACUCGGACGGGAUCGACAGCGAUGGUCUAUCUAACCUGACAACUGGGGCAACUCCAGUGGUAGGGGAUAGCCUUGCCGUCUCUGAGAUUCAAAGUCCGCACCCAAAUACAGUACCAGAACAACCACCCGUCGAGCCUCCCAGUGAAGCACCAGUUUCGAAUCGUGCCAACAUCCUACCCAACGGUGUCGAGGAAACAAGCCAGGAAGAAGCCCAUGACCCAGCUCCCGAAGAAACAAUCUUCGACAACCACUCUGAAUUGGAACAGCGACCACCCACAUCGAAUUCCCACAUUCCUCAACAGCCAACGACAAACGUCCCCUCUCUUGCUCACAGGGUGACAAUACUCUCAUCCCACCCGGUCGACUCUCUUGCUUCUCAUCUCGCGUCCAUGAUCACCACCGUGCUCUUCAUUCCCCUCGAGUCUCUCUAUCUCCGCUCUCUCGCUUCGUCCUACCUUUCGUCGACCGGAUCCUCUGCACUUCUGCACUCUGAUGUCCGUGGGCUUGGAGUAUGGGGCGGGGGUGGCUCUCGAUCCGAUACUCUGGCAUACAUGGGCAAGCUCGCUCUGAUGAUGGGCGUACAAGCGGCAGUGAAUGCAAGCGUAUGGGGAGUGAUAUCAGGGACAGCCAUUAAGAUUGGCCGGAAGUUCUGCGGUUGGGGGACUCUAUAAUCAUAAUUCAUAGUCGGAUUGGUGACACUACAUUUUAUAAUUACACGAUACUCUAAGCUUCUUGU